CGAGAGUUGAUUUUAUAUUAUUAUAUUUCAUUUUUAUUUUUAUUUUUCCAGGCUCACCACGCUCGACAAGUAACCGAAACUGGUUUUGUUGCUUCCCAUUCUCUGUUCCCCUUCUACCCCAAAACCCUACGCUCUCCUCUCAAAAUGGAAUAGAUUGUGGGAGAGACAGAGAUAGGGCAUGCACCUAGAGAAAAAGAUCUUUCUUCAACCUACCUUUUGGCGAAUACAGCGAAAAGGGCAGAAUCAAUCAAGUAAUCUCUCUCGCACUCUCACUUCCUGGACUGAAUUUUGUUAUUUGAUAUUUUCUCCAUUUUUAAUGGAGGAAAUAUCAUCUGAUAAUAUCCAUGGACUUAUUCUUGCUCUCGCAUCAAGUAUUUUUAUUGGGUCUAGCUUUAUUAUCAAGAAAAAGGGUCUCAUGAAAGCCGGUGCUUCAGGAACCAGAGCAGGUUCAGGAGGCCACUCAUACUUGAAGCAACCAAUGUGGUGGGUUGGGAUGAUUAGCAUGAUUUUAGGCGAAAUAGCGAAUUUUGCAGCAUAUGCAUUUGCUCCUGCCAUUCUUGUUACCCCUUUGGGAGCUCUAAGCAUAAUUGUCAGUGCAGUGUUAGCCCAUUACUUUUUGGAUGAACGAAUGCAUAUAUUUGGUGUUGUAGGGUGUGCACUCUGCUUAGUGGGGUCCACCACGAUUGUGUUACAUGCUCCACACGAGACACUUAUUAGUUCAGUCAAACAAGUGUGGUAUUUCGCAACUGAGCCAGGUUUUUUGGUGUAUGCUUCCAUUGUAGUGGUUGUUGUUGGGAUACUCAUUUACCAUUAUGAGCCACGUUAUGGGCACACACAUUUAGUGAUAUAUGUUGGAAUCUGCUCUCUUAUGGGCUCAUUAACGGUUAUGUGUGUGAAAGCAGUGGGGAUUGCCAUUAAGCUAUCGUUUUCAGGACAUAAUCAGUUCAUAUACUUCGAAACAUGGUUUUUCACCUUGCUACUUCUUGCUUUCUGUCUUAUGCAACUAAACUAUUUGAACAAGGCACUAGAUACGUUUAAUACAAAUGUGGUUUCUCCGGUGUACUAUGUCAUGUUUACUACCCUCACCAUUCUCGCUAGCAUAAUCAUGUUCAAGGACUGGGACAAUCAGAGUGGGGCCCAGAUUGCAACGGAGCUUUGUGGUUUUGUGACAAUUCUAUGUGGGACUUUUCUUCUUCACAAAACUAAGGAUAUGGCCAUGGUGGGUUCACAUCCACAGGGAGGCCAACAUUCUUUGAUUAUGAUUUUAUACGAGAAUUUAGAAAUCUUUACUCCAUACCACAAUUUGAAGAUUGAUGUGGGAUUAAGUACUAUUUAUUUCAUCGAUUUUUGGGGCUGA